AUGAAGGUUGAAGAAUCAGUUGAGCAGCCACCUCCACCGCCUGCUCUGCCUGUGAGCCAGGAAGGCAUCGAUAUGAACGACGAUGAUAUUGUCAAUGCCGUUAUACCUUUCAUGUCGAGCCCGGAAACGACUGUUCAAGCCCGCCAGGAUCACGCAAACGAGCGCUACAAGGCGGAGAGGAGUGUACCAGCAUUUGCAAAGCUUGCCGGCAAGGAUUGGACGUUUUGGAUCACCAAGGUGAAGAACCUGAUCGGACGACCACCUGAGAAUGGCAACCUACUACCUGGUGUUCCUCCUGUCGAUAUUGACCUUGGACCAAGCAAACACAUCUCCCGACAACAUGCUGAGAUCACCUACGAUUCCGAGACGGAAGAGUGGUACAUCGAGGUUGUGGGUCGCAAUCCUAUCAGAAUUGACGACGUGAAAUACUUGAGGGCAAGCAGGACGAGGCUCACCAACGGCCAAGUCAUUGAAAUUGGUGGAGUGGAGAUGAUUUUUGCUCUGCCAUCAGACAAUUCAAAGCUUCAAAUCCAUCCUAGAUACCUCGAGAGAGCAGGGCUCAUUCAGGCUGUGGGCGAGGCUGAGCAAGAUCAAGAUGGAGAAUUUGGCUCCUCGACGUCAACUGCGCCAGAUUCAUCCUCUCAACCAACCACGCGGGGUCAAAUUGGUGUUCAAGGAGGCCUACCUAUCGCUCCAGCACCUCCCGACUACCGUCGUCCUGGCACUCCUGUUAGUGCUCGCUCCAAGGGACAAUACUCGACUGGAAAAUCUCCUGGAUUCCCGGGCAGCACCAUGCUUAUGAACUCUGAUGACAUUGAUCUCAGUCUACAGUCCAAUUUCCAUAUCAAGCCCUCAUACAGCUACGCUCAGUUGAUCAGUCAAGCCAUUCUUGACGCUGAAGAUGAAAAGCUUACCCUCAAUGGCAUCUACACCUUCAUUCAGCAGAAGUAUUCUUACUACCGCAAUCAACAUGGCGGUGGAUGGCAGAACUCUAUCCGUCAUAACUUGUCCUUGAACAAGGCUUUCCAGAAAAUCGCUCGUACAACGGAUGAGCCAGGCAAGGGUAUGAAAUGGCACAUAGUGCCUGCACAUCGGGAUGAGAUGGCCAGAAAUUGUGUCCGUGGUGGGCGAGGGGGUCACCGAGGCUCUCCUGGUUCACCUAGCAAUCUUGGUCUGUUGACACGAGCUUCUAAAGCUGCUGCUGAACAUGGUUCGGAAAGAUCCAAAAGAUCUCCUCGUUCUGGAUCACCACCACCGAGCUCGUAUCCUUCGAACGCUCCACAAUACACUCCUGUUCGAAGUGGUCGACUUGAUGACUCCUUGCAUGAAAUGCCCGGCGACGGUAGCCCUUUACCUCGACAUCGACGACAGCAUGGGUAUGGUCUCUCAGACAACGCACCUGGUUCGCCGCCCGUCUUGUCAUCUUCCUACAUGCAAGAGGAGGGUAGCUCUUUUGUUACACCUGCUCCUCACCGUGUUCAUCCCCGUCUCGCGCCUCCCAGCACAGCACAACGACCAAGCCAACAUAUGCCUACGAGCUCUCCAGCACCUUUCUGGAAGUUCGCCGAGUAUGGCAAUACACCAUUGAAAGGCCCAGCUUUUGAUUCCAGUCCCAUGAAGGCUCCAAAUGCUGGUGCAGGUGCUCCGCCAAGUAGUAGUCCAGCCCCUGGUCGUAGAUCUUCUGCCGCUAGUCCUACAAGGAAUGGCGGAAUUGAAAAGGAAGAAGCGAAGCCAGAGGAGCCUACUGUGGAUGAUGUUGAAGAAGAGGAUCAAGGUUUUGACCUUACAAAGGGAUUCCAAACCAUUGGUUCGUACCACGCUCCCGCUGCACAAGGCAUUCCAGUUCCCGUGCCUGUUAACACUGUCAAUGGAACCAAUGGAGUCAAUGUCCGAGUCAACUAA